CAACUGUUGUAUGUUCUGCCAAUCGCUUGAGGACAGAGUGGGAAAAGGAGCAAGCAGAGUUAGAAGCCGGACAAAAGAACUUAUAGACCCCUUAUAUACAUAUUUUCCUAAUGUUUUAGAGAGCGUGGUGUGGUGAAAAGCAAUUGCGGUGAGUGCGGAUGGACUUGUCAGUGUAGUUAUGGAACCCCCUUUAAGCAAGAGGAAUCCGGCGAUAAGAUUAGCGGAUUUGGCAGCGACUCAACCCCUUCCUCAUCAGAAUAUGACAGGCUUCCCGGGGCUAGGGGGGCAUCACCCUCUCUCCCACCAUGCCCACCUCCACCCUGGGGAGCUGGGCAACGACCCCGGAGUGGCACUCACUCCAUUUGGACCAGAGCACAUGGCACAGACAAAUGCUCUCAAACUUAGCCCAUCUCAGCACAUUCAGAGCCAUCACGAAGCCCAGACCGCGGCAUCAUUCACUUCUGCUCAGACCACAGUUGGUUUCCCCGUGGCUCACCCCCAUUCAGGCUACUCAAGCAGCAGGGACUUCAUCCUCAGGAGAGAACUCUCAGCCUCUGCUAUGCAUGCACUUGGCGACCAGCAUAGUUCCGCCUCCUCCCCUCAUCACCAUGGCAUGUUCAUCUCCCCAACAGGUGCUUAUGGGCACGCGGAAAGUGGGGCCCAUUCACUUUUUACUGGACUUCACGACCAGGCGUCCCCAGGUGCCCACCACCAUGCCCUCAAUGGGCAGAUGCGCCUGGGUAUACCGGGGGACAUCUACGGCAGGCCAGAGCACUUCGGGCACAGGCCAGAGCACUAUGGACCCUCUUCUCUCCACAGCUACAACUCCAUGAACCUCAAUGUGAACAUCGCUUCUGCUCCUCACGGAGCGGCGGGGGCGUUUUUAAGAUACAUGCGGCAGCCCAUAAAGCAAGAGCUAAUCUGCAAAUGGAUUGACCAGGAGCAAAGUCAAAAAAAGCCCUGCUCUAAAACUUACAGCACCAUGCACGAACUGGUCAACCACGUCACGGUGGAGCAUGUCGGGGGACCGGAGCAGAGCUCCCACGUCUGUUUUUGGGAGGAAUGUCCACGGGAAGGAAAGGCUUUCAAAGCGAAGUACAAACUGAUAAAUCACAUCCGAGUUCAUACGGGAGAAAAGCCCUUCCCGUGUCCUUUCCCGGGUUGUGGAAAAGUCUUCGCUCGAUCGGAGAAUUUAAAGAUUCACAAGAGGACUCACACAGGAGAGAAACCUUUCAAGUGCGAGUUUGACGGCUGUGACAGAAAAUUCGCCAACAGCAGCGACCGGAAGAAGCACUCUCACGUCCACACCAGCGACAAGCCUUACUACUGCAAAGUCCGUGGCUGUGACAAAUCCUACACACACCCGAGCUCGCUGCGGAAGCACAUGAAAGUGCACUGCAAGUCUCCGCCGCCCCCUUCCACCAACGUCAGCUACAUUUCCUCCACAAAUCCACUCGGAGACCCUCUUUCACCCAACUCCGAGCCGCACAGGAACCGCUCCGCGAACCUCUCCCCUCAGGUCACCAACCUCAACGAGUGGUACGUCUGCCAGGGGAGCGGAGGACCCAACCACCUCCACACCCCCUCCAGCGAUGUGCCAACGUCAGAUUCAGACGAGGACUCUUUCAGAAAUUCAGACCCGAGGACAAUGCUCUGACGCCCCGUUUACAACCACUGACUGUCCAACUUGUCAUCUAGUCGACCCGUUAACGUGACUCUGUGUGUAGAUCCAUGCUGGCCCGUGCGCUUGGGAUAUUGAUCAGUUAUUUUCACUGUAGUAUUAUUAAACGACUGUGCUCAAUGCAGAUAAUUCACUAUUAUUCGUGGAUGCAGUGUCGGCUUAACUACCUGAGGAAGAAUUUAUCUGAAGGUGACCCCUGACCUUUCUUAAAAUGCAGAUCAAAACUGUCAAAAUAAAACAUUUGACACCGACAUUAGAAUUGAAAUGAAAUGUUAAAAAAACCUUGCUUCUUAUUUGAAAGGACCAACCAUUCUAAAGUGGGCACAUUUUUGAAUAGAACUUUCUCACCCCCUGCCCCCCCAAAAAAGAAGAAAUAUUCAAGGUUUAAUUAACAUGGCUUAAGACUCAACUGGUGUGCUGAAAUGACAUAUUUCAUGUGACCUCCCAUAACCCCCUUGCAGUUUAAUAACUCGCCUGCUAUCAAUCACUGUCAUAUUCCAGACAUUUAAGGAAAAAGAAUGGUACUGCUUGUAACCCCACAAAUGGCAACAAAUGUGUAUGGACCGAAUCUAGAAUAUGAGGCUUUUAUAUUUCAUGUGAUUUCUUUAAGAUGUGGUACAAACUUUGAUAAACCAUUAAGGAAAAAAAAAGAAAAGAAAAGAAGAGGCAAACAUGUGAGUGUCUUAAGGGUUCUCAUUUACCUUUUCAGAUUUAUACAAUACAUGUGUUUGGAUGAAUUUUGUAAUAUUUAAGAACUAUUUAAGACUAUAUUUUAUGCAAAAUACACAAGUGUUAUGCUCGUUAAAGAGUAAAGUCCCUUGAGACCCUAAAUGUCUACACUGACAGGCUUUGGCCCUGUAGGAUUUGUAUAUAUGUAAUUGUACUGAUGCUUGUGAAUGUUGUGUAGUUUUAAUUACAAAAAAAAAAUGUUGUUUUGUACAUUGUAAUUUAUUUACUGGUAUCAAUGUUGUACUGGAAUUACAGGAACACCAAAGAAUAAUAAUAUCAGUUUUGGUGAUGCAUAGUACCCUGCUGAUGUUUUUGUUUUUAUUUUUCUUUCUCAAUUUCAUGUUGCUUUUCUGUUCACUUUUUUUUUUUUUGUUCUGUAAAAGAAGAAACAUUUACUUGAAUAGGCUGUGUAAUGUGAAAAGUCCCUUUCUCGCAUGCCUUUUGUAGUGAUCUGUCUUUCUCUUUGAGGUGCAUGGUGCCGUUGGACAUGAUGGAUAAAAAAAAUGAGAUGAAUCAGCUCUUGUGCAGAUCUUUGAUGUUCAAAAUUAAAUUUGCAAUAUAAGUUUCAUGCUAAAAAAAUAAUAAUAAAAAACAGGACAUAUACAGUAAA